UUCACAUGUUGUCCCUCGCUGUAAAAGUGACGCGAUAGCAGAAAGGAUGAGAAUAUAAAACCCAAACAUUUCCCAAGGCUGCAGUUCACACGACCGCGACGACGGAACAGUCUUUAAGCACUAAAGUACAGUUAGUUUUAGGUAUACAAAUACUACAUUAGGUCUUAACAGUGUCGCGGAGGAACGUUGUUGUGGUAAUUUACCGACCCCCAAAAAACGAUCCAGCAACAAGUAAUGCUGUCGCCGGGAAGCCCUUCCAAAUGGCAAGUGCAAGACUCCUCCUCAUCCACCGCCAGCCUCAUGUACAGUGAGAGUGACCAGACGGAAGAUGAAUCUGAGAUGUUCUCCUCGGGGGGCGAGUCCACGUGCAGCGUGCCUGUUACAAAAACAUAUUGUUUGGGCAAAAGGAGCAACCAAACUUCAAAAUCACCCCUAAAGUCUGUGGAUCAGGGAGAUGUUUGUGUUGAAAACGGUCGUAUGGGAUGUUCAUCAGCAUCUCCGGCAGUUCAGAGCUCGGCAUCAACAACAAAGGUUCCUACGGAAGGAGAUUUGAGGUUUGCAUGCAAAUGUUCAGAACUGCAUGGGUAUGUCAGGCCUCUUUUGGAGUUGUUAAAUGGAUUGAAAACAGGUCGAUUUGAAAAAGGGUUGAGCACAUUUCAGCAGAGCAUGGCCGUUGAGAGACUACGAAAGAUUCUGGGGGUUCUGCAGAAACCUGACCUUGGGGAUAAAUAUAUGGGGACUAUUCUACAGUUGGAGGUGUUGUUGAAGGUCUGGUUCCCUCAGGUGAUUCCACAACAUCAUGAUGGAACAUCAUCACUCCACAAUCCUAUGGCUAGCGUUCAACCCCGCUGGAAUCAGGACCAGUUGCAUAUUCCUGUGAAGAAACGCAGAUUGAGCUGGUCAGAUUCCGACUCGCAAAAUUCGCCAAGCUGCAAACGCUUUCACGAGGAGGAACGAGGGCAGAGCCUAAGUGACACCAGCUCGUGGCUCAGCAGCUCUGAAACCGCAUCCAGUGACCUAGUAAAUGACAACGGCAUCUGUGCAAAUCAAAAGGAUAGGGCAUCUGAACUCGAACUCGUAGAAAAUGUCAGCGUCCACCCAUUACAGCCGAAGACAGACUCCUUAAAUGUUGCCCCCGCAACGAGAGCGACAGGAAAACCACCUCCGCUUGUAAUUCCACCCUCAGCUAAAGAUGGCAGCAAUGUGGGUACCCAAGACUGUUCAGUGUCCUCCACAACUCCUACUUCCGACUCACCGGCAGACUCAGAGGUUGAUGAAAGAGAUCAGCUAUUGCAACACAGGGCCGUAGUAAACCGGUGAAAGGGGAGGGGCCAAAAAAAACAGUUAAUCGCAAAUCUUAUCGCACAUAGCAUUAAGGAAUUUCCUUAUCUAAGGGAAUGAAUAAAUUGAAUCAGCCUUUUCUAAAGCCUGUUGAUGGUCAGGAACUCAUUCACAAAGUGAAAUAGUUUUUUUUAUAGCAGUCUGAUUUUACAUUCUUAUACUUAAAUGCACAUGUGGUAUAGUGAUAGAUUAUACACGUCCAAAAAGACCAGAACAGUGUCUUAGUGUGUGUUGAUAUGCACUGUUAUGAAACACUCUUCUGCACUGCCUUCUAUGUUAACACAAUAUCAUAAAUCUCUCCUAUAAAGAACAUCCAACCAAAAAAGCCAGACGUAUGCAAAAUAAUUUGCUUGUAAAAUGUCCUGAAGCUUGAUCUGUGUUGUGAUGAACCUGAAUGUUCUUUAAACUGAAAAAUCCACCUCAACACAGGAUGAUUGGAAAAUACAUUAUGUUGGAUAUUCUCAAGGCAGUUGUAUUUAUUAGGUCAUUACUUGAAGACAGUGAAUUCACUUAAACAGCCUUAAAAUGACACCUAAGAGUCAGCAUUGUGGGCUGUAGACCGUUAUCUAAACGUAAUAUUAUAUAUUUAUUAAGACUGAUUUAAGGAUCGGGAACGUCAAACGUUGUGAUACUUGGAUGUAUAACAUAUUUUUGGUAGAGCGCAAAUGGUAAGUUAUUGAAAACAUUCUUGUCAAAAACAGUUUGCACAUUUGUAUUGCUUCCAUGUUAAACUUUAAUAAUACGUAGGUUUGUUACAAAAUCUAUAGGUUUUUAUUACAAGACAUUGGCACAAUUGGUUCAGUCUUGCUUGAAUUUUUGUGGGUCUGUCUCUGAGCAUUGUGAUUAUUUACCACUCUUUAAAAUGUAUCUGUUUAAGUUAAUGAGUAUGUUGGACGUCACGCACUGUAUAGAGCACACUGCAUAGCUAUUUGGAGGAUUUUGAGUUGAUAUGUAGAAAUUAUUUUAACAUUAAAGGACAGUAUUUAGUAGAAGUGUCGUGAAGAUUUUGCAUGAGAAAACGACUUGGGAAUAUAGACCGAAACUUAUGUAAGUAAAGUCAUUGUGCAGUUGAAUGUGAUGUAUAUAAGUGUAUAUUGUUGAAAUCUCAUAAUAGAGAUUCGGUCUAAAAGGGAAAAGCGCUCAUGAAAAUGUAAUGUGAAAAAUGUUGAAUUCUGUUUAAGAAUGGUAAUAUUUUUUGCAGGAUAGAGUCACUUUGUAGACGUGUCGGACUGUUAAGCAUUACUUUUUUAUACUUUGUUCUUUAUCCAAAAAAAUGUUUUCUUGUGAAGAGACCUGUUCCAUUUUCAGUAUCAUUAAAGGUUUCUUAUGGCUUGCAUUGCCACGUUCUGCAAAGUGUGUCUAUGUAUUUGUUUAUGAAUCUAUUGACAUCAAGUUUUUGGUUUUAAGAUGAUUUUAUCUGCCUGUUGAUGCCUGAAUCAUGUCAGCAUUAAAGGAGUAGUCCCACCUGCUCAGGAAGUCCAGGUCUGACCCCUGCUGGAUGUCUCACGUUUUUAAGCAAA